UCCAAUGAUCCGUCAAUCGGUCUGAGUAUAAAACAUUGCUUCUAACAUGUUAUGACGCAGAAUGAGAGGAAGGAGCAAAUCCAUGAACUGGCGGAGCCUCCAAUCAUUUUCUGGGACGAAGAUUAGACUCCAAUUCGGAUUCAAUCGGAUAUUCCAGCGGUCCUGCCCCUUAAACCACAGAGAGACGUCGUGAGAGACACACAGAGACAAUAUGGCGUUGAGAGUGGGGCAUAGUCGCUGCAUCUCCACCUCUAUUGCACUCAAACUCCAAUUUUUUUCUAUUACACCCUGCCACUUCUCAUCCAUCCCCCAACCCCCAGACGACGCCCUUUCCACAGGUCUUCCUUCCCUCCAGCCUUCAUAUGACGCUGAUUUGAUCUCCAAAAUCCUCCUUCAACACCACAACCCUUUCCACGCUAUGGAGUCCUCUCUUCAGCUCAACGGCAUCGCCCUCUCCACUCACCUCGUUCACCAGACCCUUCUCCGCCUCAGAAACGUCUCCAAAAUUGCCCUCUCCUUCUUCCUGUGGGCCAAGGACCAAGCCCAUCAUAGCCACGACGUUGUUUCCUACAACCUCAUUAUCGACAUUCUCGCAAAAGUUCGGCAAUUCGACGUUGCCUGGCAGUUCAUCAUCGAAAUGGAUCAAAAUUCCCUGGAACCCACCUCUACUACCUUCCGUAUUUUGAUUCGGAGGUCGGUUUCGGCUGGGCUCACGCGCCAAGCUGUUCGGGCGUUUGAUGACAUGAGUUGUUUUGUCGAGAAGGAUGCGGAUUCUGAUGAUUUUUGUUAUCUGCUCGAUACCCUCUCUAAGUAUGGGUAUGUGAAGCUUGCUUCACAGAUUUUUAAUCAAAGGAAGUUCAAAUUCGAGGCUAAUGCCAAAAUGUAUACUAUUUUGAUAUAUGGGUGGUGUAAGAUUAACCGAGUUAGCAUAGCGGAGAGGCUGCUUGGUGAGAUGGUAGAACGUGGGAUUGAGGCGAAUGUUGUUACAUAUAAUGUGCUUUUGAAUGGGAUUUGCAGGAGGGCGAGUUUGCACCCUGAUGACAGGUUUGAGAGGACAAUUCGGGAUGCAGAGAAGGUGCUCGAUGAAAUGCGCCAAAAGGGGAUUGAGCCUGACGUAACAAGCUAUUCCAUUGUUAUUCAUGUGUAUAGUAGGGCUCAUAAACCUGAGUUGACACUUGAUAAGUUGCGGAUGAUGAAAGAUAAAGGGAUAUGGCCAACCGUGGCAACUUAUACAUCAGUGGUUAAGUGCCUUUGUUCAUGUGGGAGACUUGAAGAUGCUGAGGAGUUGGUUUCUGACAUGGUGAAGGAUGGGGUUAGUCCAUCAGCUGCAACAUACAACUGUUUCUUCAAAGAGUAUAGGGGGAGGAAAGAUUCAGAUAAUGCUUUGAGGUUGUAUAGGAAGAUGAAGGAAGAAUAUUCAUGCUUGCCUGAUAUGCACACUUAUAACAUAUUAGUGGGAAUGUUUGUGAAGUUGAACCGCAUGGAGAUUGUGCAAGAGAUAUGGGAUGAUAUGAAAACGAGUGGGGCAGGACCAGAUUUGGAUUCAUAUACACUGUUGAUCCAUGGGUUAUGUGAGAAACAGAAGUGGAAAGAAGCUUGCCAUUUUUUUGUGGAGAUGAUAGAGAAGGGGUAUCUUCCUCAGAAAAUCACUUUUGAGACACUUUACCGGGGCUUAAUACAAUCUGAUAUGUUGAAAACCUGGAGGAGAUUGAAGAAGAAGCUUGAGGAAGAGUCAAUAACAUUCGGUUCUGAAUUCCAACAGUAUCACUUCAAGCCCUACAGGAGAUGAUGCACAAUUAUCAUUCAGGGCUUUCCUUACCAGCAGGUGCUAAAGAGGUGGAUUGCAGUUGGGUGAGGAUUAGGGUUCAAGUCACUUGAAGUUCCUGCAUAUUUAAAAGCAAGGAAAAAUCAGUUAUUUAUGAUGUUCAUAAUUUGUACAUAGCUGCUCUUGUUGGCAAAAUUUGAAAUGUACUUGGGAAGAUAACUGCUUUGUCAAAACUUCAUCAAGUUCAUCUACCUUUUCAGACUUACAGUCACGAGCUUCAUGCCAGCGAUGCCACAGGACUGCUGGUCAUGACUUAUUUUUUGCUGGUGUCAGUUAUCUUACACCAAAAAGAACAGAACAUGCUGCAUAUGGAAUAUGGGAAGAUGAGAAUUGCAGCCAUUUCAAUAUGGGUUGCAACUAAACACUUGCUGCUGUUCCAUACAUUUUGCUUUCGGUUGUCUAAUGGUGCCAAAGAGAAUCCGACAUAUUCUUACAGAGAAUGCAAGGCUUAAUUUUAUAUGAGAUUUGCCCAUGGAGUUUUGAGAGACUGAGCUAUUUAACUUGAAAGGCACAGAUGUUAUGUAAGGAAUGAAGGGAAGAACAUGAACAGUGAGAGGUCAUCUGAUUCAGGUUGAACACAAUAUAAGCACUAGAGGAAGGUCAGAAAGGUCAUAGGCAGAGGCUGUGAAAAUUGACAUGAUGAGAUUAGCAUGUAUGAUCAUGUGAUUUAACUUUAACCUAUGUCCUUCAUAUUAGACAAGCUUGUUAGUUCUUGUUCUCAUGCAUACCCGUACGUAUUUUAAUCUCCUCUAUAAGUGGGCCUUUAUUAUA